AUGGAUGUGUUUGAGGAUUUGGCGGCACGUGAUGGUAUCAGUGUUGGCGUGAUGGUGGCCCAGGCUCUGGAGCUUUUCGAGGUCGUUGGAGAUGGUGGUUGUAGUAGUGGUGGUGGUAGGUGGGAGAGGGAGGGGGCAACAGGGGAGAUGGAGGCUGAGCUGGCGGCGCUGCUUCUGAACAAGAGCCAUGGAAUAUUUAAUUGGGGUUUGAGAGAGGAAGUGAAAAGUUUGUCUGCAUACACAUAUAUCAACAUGACAUUGAAUAAAGGAAAAAUAUGCACGGUGGUACAUGGAUUGAAGCCCACAAUACUAAUGGUGAUUGCUGAAUCCAUUCUUGGUGGUAGUAAUGUGUUGUACAAACUGGCUGUCAAUGAAGGCUCGGACUUGAGAAUUUUGGUGGCUUAUCGCUUCUUAUUUGCUGCUGCUUUCAUGAUUCCUAUUGCAUUCUAUGUUGAAAGAGGAUCAUUGUUUCAAAAUUUGUAUGUUGUGAGCUUGGACUUAACAUCAGCAACAUUUGCCACCGCAAUCACUAAUCUGGUCACUGCCAUUACCUUUGUCCUCGCUCUCUGCUUCAGGCUUGAGAAGCUAAACUGGGAAAAAGCAUCAGGAAAAGCAAAGGUGAUGGGAACACUACUGAGUCUAGCGGGGGCGAUGCUUUUAACAUUAUACAAAGGUCCAGAUUUAUUUAGCUGGAACACCCAUCUUAACCUUGUGAAUCAUGGUGAAAAUGUGGUAAGAACACACCCUAAUAUGAUUCUGGGUGCUUUCGCUGCUCUGGGUAGUAUAACAUGCUAUGCCCUUUGGACCAAUCUUCAGGGAUUGUUGGCUACAGGAGUGUUGUUUACAAUGGUUGCAUGGUGUGUGCACAUGAGAGGUCCUUUAUUUGUUUCAGCUUUUAACCCUUUAAUGGUUGUGAUUGUUGCCCUGGCCGGACCAUUUGUACUGGAUGAAAAUUGGUAUUUGGGAAGUGUGCUUGGAGGAAUAACAAUAAUAUGUGGAUUAUAUGUUUUGCUUUGGGGGAAAGCCAAGGAAAUGAAGACGAAGGUGCAGUUGCCGAAAACAAGCUCAGGAGAUAUGUCAAAACCUCUUGAGAUCGUCUUAACUCCUUCUCAGGCAGGAGCAUCGGAGAACCAUGAGAUUGGUGUUUAUGGCGAAAAUAGUGCUUCGGUUGUAGAGGCAAAUGCCGACGAACAACCUGAUGAAAUUAGGAUCGUAAGAAAAUAA